GCGCGCGGGUCGCUCGGUCUGAGGCAGCGGCGGCGGAGCUGCCAUCGCGACCCGCGGCCGCCGGCGACAUGAAGGCGGCGGCCCGGACCCCGCGCAGGCCGGCGCUGAAGAAGCCGUCGCAGCCCAUCCUGAAGGACCCCGUGGGGGUGUACUGCAGGGUACGGCCGCUCAGCCGCCCGGACCAGGAGUGCUGCAUCGAGGUGAUCAACGAGACCACGGUGCAGAUCCACCCGCCCGAUGGAUACAGGGUGUUCCGCAACGGGGAAUACCGAGAGACACAGUAUUCGUUUAAGGAAGUGUUUGGCACCCUUGUUAUCCAGAAGGAGCUUUUUGACGUGGUGGCUAAACCUCUAGUGGAAGAUCUCAUUCGUGGCAAAAAUGGUCUCCUUUUUACAUACGGUGUGACAGGCAGUGGGAAAACUCACACCAUGACAGGAUCUCCUGGUGAUGGAGGGCUUCUCCCACGCUGUCUGGACAUGAUCUUCAACAGCAUAGGACCAUUCCAGGCCAAGAGAUUUGUUUUUAAGCUUGAUGACAAGAACGGUGUGGAUGUUCAGUGUGAAGUAGAUGCUCUGUUGGAGCGCCAGAAGAGAGAUGCCAUGCCUGUUCCAAAAACUCCAUCUAGCAAGCGACAAAUGGAUCCAGAAUUUGCUGAUAUGAUCAAUGUCCAAGAUCACUGCAAAGUGGAAGAAAUUGAUGAAGAUAAUGUCUACAGUGUCUUUGUCUCCUAUAUUGAGAUCUACAACAACUACAUCUAUGACCUCUUGGAGGAUUCUCCCUUUGAGCCCAUAAAACCAAAGUGGAACAAUUGCAACACUCCUGUGCGAAAUGGUGACUUUAUACCCCCACAAUCCAAAAUACUUCGUGAGGACCAGAAUCACAACAUGUAUGUCACAGGGUGCACGGAAGUAGAGGUGAAAUCGACAGAAGAAGCUUUUGAAGUGUUUUGGAGAGGGCAGAAGAAGAGGCGGAUUGCAAACACUCAGCUGAAUCGAGAAUCCAGUCGCUCUCAUGGUGUUUUUAUCAUCAAGUUGGCUCAGGCACCUUUGGAUGCAGAUGGAGAUAACGUGCUGCAGGAGAAAGAACAGAUCAUUCUAAGCCAGCUGUCCUUAGUUGAUCUGGCUGGAAGUGAGAGAACCAACAGAACAAAAGCUGAAGGGAGCAGGCUACGAGAAGCAGGUAACAUUAAUCAGUCACUCAUGACAUUAAGAACAUGUAUCGAAGUUCUGCGGGAAAACCAGCUGUAUGGAACAAAUAAGAUGGUUCCCUACAGAGAUUCCAAACUGACUCAUCUCUUCAAGAACUAUUUUGACGGAGAAGGAAAAGUGCGCAUGAUCGUGUGCGUUAAUCCCAAAGCUGAGGACUACGAGGAAAGCCUGCAAGUCAUGCGCUUUGCAGAAAUGACGCAGGAAGUGGAAGUUGCGAGACCCGUGGAUCGACCGCUCUGCGGCUUAACGCCCGGCCGGCGCUUCAGGAACCAGGCCUUCAGGGAGGAGCUCAGCAGGAAGCUGGAGAUGAGGGGUGGCCCAAUAAAUGGAGAAACAGAAGAGCAAUCUGCUUCAGAAAUGUUUUUGCAGAGCUUUCCUCCGUUGCCUUCAUGUGAGCUACUGGAUGUUAAUGAUGAUCAAACACUCCCAAAGCUCAUUGAGGUCCUGGAAAAACGCCAUAAACUACGACAAAUGUUGUCAGAGGAGUUUGCCAAAAAUGUGCUUGCCUUUAAAACUAUGCUGCAAGAAUUUGACUCGGGUGUUAUAUCCAAGGAGAACUAUAUUCAAGGCAAACUGUCUGAGAAAGAGAAAACAAUAGCAGGACAGAAAAUGGAGCUGGAACGCCUGGAGAAGAAGAUUAAAACUUUGGAGUACAAGAUUGAGAUUUUGGAGAAAACAGCAACAAUUUAUGAGGAAGACAAACGUAACCUCCAGCAGGAACUGGAAAGCAAGAGCCAGAAACUGCAGCGUCAGGCUUCUGACAAGCGGCGGCUGGAGGCUCGACUGCAGGGCAUGGUGGCAGAAACAACCAUGAAGUGGGAGAAGGAGUGUGAGCGUCGUGUAGCAGCAAAGCAGCUGGAGAUGCAGAAUAAACUUUGGGUCAAAGAUGAAAAACUGAAGCAGCUGAAGGCCAUUGUUACUGAACCCAAAAAUGAGAAGCCAGAGAGGCCUUCACGGGAGAGAGACCGACAGAAGCCCGUUCAGAGAUCAGCGUCUCCUCCAGCAGUACCUCCUUCUAGUAACUGUAUCACUCAGGUCCCUCACAGCCAGCGGCUCGUGGGCACCCCGCAGGCGCACAGACGGUCUAAUUCUUGUAGCAGCAUUUCUGUGGCAUCUUGUGUUAUGGAAUGGGAGCAGAAAACCCCUUCGCACAAACCUACCAGUGGCACUUCUCAUGCAAGGAGUAGACAAGAACCAGGACAAAGUAGAGACUAUAACUCCUCAGACAGAAGGCGAGGGAUGUGCUGGACUGGAGUCACUGAGCUUUCCAGGCGUAGAGAUGAGCUAGAAAUAGAAGAGGAUCAAAGCUGCAGGAACCUCCCUCCAGUUCGCCUCAGACACCGCCGCUCGCGCUCGGCCGGGGAGCGAUGGGUGGAUCAUAAACCACCUUCUAACGUGCCCACUGAGACAGUCAUGCAGCCCCAGGUGCCUCACGCCAUCACGGUGGCUGCUGCCAGUGAGAAGGCACUAGCUAAGUGUGACAAGUACAUGCUGACGCACCAGGAGCUUGCCUCUGAUGGGGAGAUUGAGACAAAGCUCAUCAAGGGUGAUGUGUUCAAAACCCGGGGCGGUGGACAGGCUGUGCAGUUCACAGAGAUAGAGACUCUGAAGCAGGAAUCUCCACCUGGUCGCAAGAGAAGAUCAUCCCCUCUCAAUCCUGACCCCCCUGAGGAUGCUGCAGACUCUGACUGGACUGAUGUAGAAACCAGAUGUUCUGUGGCAGUGGAGAUGAAGGCAGGAUCAACCCUUGGACCUGGGUAUCAGCAUCAUGCUCAGCCCAAGCGCAGAAAGCCGUGACCUUCAUGUGCCACUGCCUUGGAAUCCUCCUGCCUUUGUCAGACUGAGAGAGGACCUGCUGCCAGUGCUAAACUCGACAGAAACGGCUGUUAGUGCUACAGGCUGAUGUAUUUGUGAGGGCCUGUGCUUGCCAGAGGUUCAAUGGGAGACACUUCUGGCCCUCCCAAAGCAGCAUAUGGGUGUGUAUAUUUUCAGUAGAUGUAGGGGAGUUCUGCCAUUGUGUCCUCUGGCCUUCUUCAGAACACCUUCUGUCCUGUAUGUAUGAAGCCCUUGUUAUUAAGCUGUGCCUUUAUAGACCCAUGACACAAGGCUUUUGCCUUCCCUGUUUUGGUUUGUUUUUUCAGCUUUUUAUAGUACAAAAUCCUUCAGCUGGGGUCACUCUCCCUUCCUUGUCAGGUCCUCUGUUUUGGAGAGGCAUAAGUGCUGCUAUUUAUUUAGAUGCAGUAAUGCACUUUAAGAGUGUUUCUAUGCCAUUUCAGAUUUUAUUAUAACUAGCAACAGCUUGGUAACGUGGAUUUCUUCUUGCAAGAAUUACCUUUGAGUAUUUAAUAUGCAAAUCAGCUUGUGAAAACAAUCCUCAGACCUUGAUAGCAAUGAAGCCAAGAAUACUGAUCUGAUGAGUAGUGGUGAUUUGACACCAGACCUACUUUAGUGCAAGUAAAUAACUGUAUGUUUUACAUCCAUAGCUCUGGGGUGCGAGGGUGAUCUGCUCACAGAUGUGGUGAGGACUGUUGUAUGUGUGGCUCUGCAAA